AUGUCCACAGUGUUUUUUGGAGACGAUCAUGCGUUUAUGGAAGGUAUCUCUAAUCAAUCAUUUACAUUAUCAAAUGGUCGAGUGAAGGAUCUUAAAUUAGAAUCAUUUGUCUCAUAUGACGACCCCGCAGAUAGUAUGAUAUAUUCUAAAAACCAUUGUGAUGUGGUGCUCUUCACCGCUCCUCACACAACUUUUGGAUGGUGGUUAGGAUAUUUAUCAAAAGGGAAUCAAGUGUAUUACACUGAUAUAAAAUAUGUCGAUGACAAUAGUAUUUCAUCAGGGUUAUUUGAUCCGGACGACUACUAUCCUCCACAUUGGACACCAUUCAAAUAUAAUGAAUUUGAUAACACAACUGUUGUUGAAACGAUGAAAUGA